AUGCCCAAUGCAGGAUACGAAAUAAGCGACACACGACGGUACAAGGACCACGGCAAAAAAGUGGAGGCAUGUUUGGUUGCUACCAAGGACUGGCAUGUCGGCGACGAAUUACGGCUGUGCACCGGAAUGAUUGCCAACUUGAAUCCCAACGAGGAUGCCCUGCUGAGGAAGGGAGAGAAGGAUUUCAGCAUAAUGUGGUCUACGCGCAAAGGUUGCAGUUGUCUUUUUCUGGGUCCUGCUCGCUUUGUAAACCACGAUUGUGACUCUAAUUGCAAGUUUAUAUCGCUGGGACAGAAUUCAAUCACGUUCAAGGUUGUCAAGGAAAUCAAGUGUGGCGAAGAACUGACGGUCUUUUACGGCAACCAUUACUUUGGCGAGGACAAUAACGAGUGUCGAUGUGCGACAUGUGAAGUGCAUGGCGAAGGCUACUUCUCCUUACGACACUCGACCACGACGUCGUCUUGUGCUGAAGAAGAGACCGCUGAUGGACGAAGAAGAAGCUCCCGUAAGCGAAAGUCCGCUCUCCAUGACGGUAUGUUGGUGUGUGCGCAAGAGAGAAAAAGAUUGUGUGAGAAUUUUUAG